AUGGAACAAGAACCACAAUGGCGUCCUACAAUAUUUCUUAUUUGUCGCACACUUUCAGAUCUAAAUGAAAAAUAUUCAAUUCCUAAUUCACCUUUACCCAAUUCAAAAGAUGAUGAGGAUUUAACAAUAGAUAAUCAUCCAAUAUCUCAACCAACUAGAAUUCUCUCUGUUGAAAAAGCAAUUCAGGAACAUAAAUCAAAUAAUGGAAAUAAACAGUUAGCAUGGCAAAGUUUCAAACAUCAUUCAGAAACUAACAUUGAUGCAAAAUAUUGGGUAGGAUAUUAUUAUUAUUAUGGGGAAAUUCCCGAGUUACAACAAAUGGAUCCACAAGAAAGGAAUAGGAUGGCUUUAGAAAUAUUUAGAGAAACGGCUGAUAAAGGGAAUCCUUCUGCACAGUUAAGAUAUGGAAUGUAUUUAUGGCAAAAUGGUAAUUAUUCUGAGGCUUUUAAAUAUUUAGAAAGGUCUGCCGAGUCGGGAAAUUCUACUGCCAUGUAUAACAUUGGAAGCGCCUAUUGGAAUGGCAAUUUUGUUGAACAAAAUAAACUUAAAGGAGCCAGUUAUUUAAUAGAAGCCGCUAAGAAAAAUCAGCCUAAAGCCAUAGAGAUGUGUAGGAUUAAUCAAAUUAAUUAA